AUGGGGCCCCACUACCUCAGGCAUUCCAGAUGCCAGAGGCGCGUGAGCAACGAGGACCUGAUCUUCGCCCUCGAGGGCCUGACCCCCGAGCGGGACGGCCCGCCGUGGUCGAUGUACUGCGUGUGUGAUGGCCACAUGGGCGGUGCUGCGGCCCAAUACGUGGAGGCCAAUCUGUGGGCAGUCCUGGCGCCACUGCUCCCCAAGGGAUGCAUGCCGGAUGGCGUUGGCGAAGAUUACGGCCCCUUUGCUCUCGCUCUAAGGAUCGCCGUUGCCAACGCUUUCGUCAAAUUGGGGGAGGACUUUGCGAAGGAAUUCCCCAGCGACGCAUCUGGGGCGACCGUGACGCUGGCCCUCCUGUGCGGCCGCCUGCUCACCGUGGCCAACGUGGGCGACUCCGACGCCGUCCUUGACACCGGCACCGAAGCCACGCUCGUGACAGUCAACGACAGGAUCCAGACUAACUACGCCGAGCGCGAGAGGCUCAAGGCGGCGGAGGUGCAACUGGUGCCCCUUUCGUCGAUCCUGAAGGGCGUGAUCGCGCCUGGAGAGCGGGGAGUGGGCCCGCUGAGGUGCUGGCCCGGGGGCCUGGCUGUGUCGAGGUCCAUCGGGGACGUCAAAGCCGGUAAACACAUUUCCUCGUGCCCACACUUGUUCCAGGCACUCGUCCCCAAGGGCGGCGCUCGUCUCGUCAUGGGCACCGACGGCCUAUGGGACCUCGUCGACUGGCGCGACGCGGUGCACGGCAUUCGGCGGGUAGCCUGCGCGUCCGCCGCCAGCCGCCUGGUCUCGCAGGCGGUGCUGUGCCGCGAGGGACCGAUCACGGACGACGUCAGCGCGGUCGUCCUGGACAUCCUGCCGCCGGGCUGCGCCGAUUUCCCCAAGGUGGUCAAGGACAGGGUCAAGAGGCUGGCGGGGGGCAACUCCGCCAAGGGACGGUGGGCCUUCGCGCGGUGCCUGGCGACCCAUUUAAAGCACAGGGUGGGGGCUGGUGCUCAUGUUGCCACCCCGGAUGGUGACAGCAUUGACUUGGUGGCCAACAUGGACGGCUGGGAGUUGGUGAAGCUGCCCAGGAGCGACAGUUGCUCCAGCUUGUCGGGAAUCGACUGCGAACCUGCCCUGGAGGAGGAGGAGGAGGAGCCCGGCGCUAACCUGCGGCAGUGGGCGCCGGCCUUCUUGUCAGCCCAGAGGGCGUCCCUCGAUUCGGGCCUAUCGGCGGAGAGGCGCAGACUGGCGAGGGUGAGAUCCGUUCAGGCGUUUCCACGGGUGAUGGGGGGAGGGGACGGGACGCUGUCCGGUCGGCGGGCGACUAUCGACGAGCGGGAGGAGUCGGCCGUCGACCUCAAGGUCGCCUCUCGGGCAUCGGCCAAAACGACGGCGCCAGUGCGGUCGGGGAAGGGCAGAGAGGGGGCCUCGGGGCCCCUGGGGCAGUGGUCGUUGGGGUCCGUCAGGCGACGGGCCUCAAGUAACGGAGGCUACCGGUGUUCUUCAGACGCUGCGAGCCUCGAUUGCCUGACCGCAAAGGGUGGCAAGGCGCCGGUGGACGAUGGCCCCUUUGAGAUAACGCCGCCACGGUCUGCCCUGCAGUAUCAGCACCGCAAGGUGCACCUGGCGUUGCGCCCAGUCUACGAGGGGGAGGACGCGAAGGAGAGGAUACUGUACAACAACCGCAGGCGCACCCUGGCGGUGGCCACGCCAGACGAGGGGGAGGGCAACGGACAGCCGUUGUACAUUGGGGGGGCUUUGCCCAGCAAGCACACACUCCAAUUUCAUGUGCCCAUGCAACCGCCUGGGCAGAUGUACCCAGUGUCCGUGGAGCCGAGGCCCAUGGGAGUGGACAUGGAGAGUGACAGCGUGUCCGACGACGAAGUCUCCUUGUCCGCCUGGGGUCCGGAGACCAGUGGGGGGGUGGGGGUCCACACCGCCAGUUGGUGA